UGUGCAUCUGGUAAACAUGGGGGGUUAUUCAUCAGAUGGGUCUUGUUCAUUUUUCACUUUGAAGAAACCAGAUGAUCAUUCGUGGGGCGAAGCAGACGAUCAAUGGAUGGAGCUGGUCGGCUUAGUGGAGGAUCAUAAAACUGAGGACUCUGCUAUAAAUGGUGGAGUCCCUGAGUCUGUAACAGAUCAAGAUCAGUUGAAUCAAGUAGAAAUAUCCGAAUGUUCAUACCACACGAAAUCCCAAGGCGAAAGACCGAAACUUACACUAGCUCAGAAAAGAGAGAAGAAAAGACUAAGUGAUUACAGGUAUAGGCAAAAGCGCAAGAUAACAGCAGAUGAAUUGACCACGGAGAACAGACACUUGAAAGUGGAAAAUGAACGGUUGAUUGCUGAGAAUACACUGUUAAAAUCGCUGCUCGAUUCGCUGCUCUGCAAUGGUAGAGAUGAGAAUGAUGUUUCUAAAGCUGAAGCAGAACCAAGUUCAAGUUCGGGACAGCCCCUGAUGCGGAAUGUUAAACCACCAGAGCCACCUGCACAGGAUUCGGUACAUUUGCGAGCACGAAGAGCUCAGGCCACUGAUCAUCACAAGGUAAUUUGAUACAGUAGACAUAGUUGCAGGCUUUGCAUAUGUUUCCACUGAUCUGAACUAUAUUAUGGGCA